AAGGCAGCGUUCCCUAGCAACAGAUGCCCUCUGUAGUCAGCUUCUCUCAUGUUUUUUCUGUGGACGUUUUUUGAAAAAUGCCCCAAUAAAUGAGUGGAUAUGAACAAAAAAGCAAACAAUUUACAGGGUUUAGACAAAUAUACAAUGAUGGGAGACAUAAUCGAUUCUGACGACAAAGAGAAGUGGAUAUAUUCCAUGCAAAUUAAAUAUCUGGACCAGCAGUUGGAGAGGCUUCAGCUCCGGUGUGACGAGCUGGAGCAGCCCAACAAAGACCUGGCCUCCGGCUGCGUCGCCAUGACGACGGACAAGGCGACAUCGCCGGGUACCCUGAAGAUUGGCGAAGCUCAGAUGGAGCUGGUGGAGCUGGCGGAGCUGGCGGAGCGACGAUCGGCAGCCAGCGACCGGCAGACAGAGGCCUUGAAGCUGCAGCACAGCCGGCGGGAGACGGAGCUCCGAGACCGGAUCAACGAGCAGAACUCAGACAACACUAAGCUGGCAGCAGCGUUGCCGGAGCAGCUGACGGAGCAGCAGUGUGACGCGGAGGCGGUGAAGGAGAAGCUGGUGUGUCAGAGGGAGGAGCUUGAGCUCACCUGGUUCACCUUGAAGCGGGACGCAGCGUUGGCGUGGCAGAAGAAGCUGCAGGAGUGGCGCCCCACGAAGGAGGAGCAGAUGGAGGAGAUCCAGAACGUGGUCCGGAAGGAGAGGGCUCAGCACCCGGAGCUCCGUCAGAAGGUGCGGGUGCUGGUGGAGGAGGACGGUGCUCUGCUGAAGGAGGUAAUCCAGCUGCAGCAGAGCCCCGUGGAGUCGCAGGCGGAGGACCCGCAGAGACAGGCGGAGGCGCUCAGGGGGAGGAGCCUGGCCUGCAGGAAGGAGCUGGAGGAGAUGAGGAAGACGAGUCACCGGCUGAAGGUGCAGCUGCAGGAUGGUGGCACCACCAACGAGAGGCUGCAGGUGGAGGAAGACGGCCUCAGGCACCUCGUGACCUCUGACACCGAGGAGGAGCGUCAGAGGACGUCGGAGGCCGAGGACCUGAGGGCGGAUCUCCGGAGGGGGAGGAGCAUCUGGAGGAGCCUGGAGGCCGUCCUGCAGGAAGCAGCCGUCCUCCUCAGCCACACCCUGGAGAACUCGGCGAGGACCUCCAGCUAUCGGGAGGAGAUGCUGAGCCUGCGGGAGAUCCUGCAGAGCGCCGCCCCCCAGGGACCAGGACCCACGCUCGAGGAGUUCCACAGAGGACAGAGAUCUCAGACCAGAACUCAGACCCCGGAUCCGUUGUUCCUGAUGGCCCGCUACAGACCCGGCGACCUGGGCCUCGUGCCCCGCCCCUCAUGGAAACAAAACCCCGCCCUCAGUGGGGCCCCGCCCCCUCCCAGCAGGUCUGUGAGGAACGGUUCCUCGUACAGGAGACACGUGUCCUCUCAGUCCAGUCCUGCAGUCCGUCCCUCAGGGAGCUCUGAAGGUCCAGAUCAGAAAUAAGAGGUUGCAUUUGAUUCUGAUGCGUCGGAUUUAUUGAUUCAUACGUUUAAAGCGAUUGAAACAGAAUCCUCACAUCUACAUUUUAUUUAAAAGACAAACGCAUUGAUGCUUUUUAAACUAGUUUCAUACUCACCGAUACA